GGUGGGGGAGGCUGGUGCCGCUCCCUCGCAGGCGGCGCCAUUUUGUGUUCCUAGCUGUGGCAGUCGCCCGAAUCGUGCGAGUUGGGCAGCGGAGAUAGGACCCUUCGGGAUGGCGGAGAUUUUGUCAGGCGUAGGCGAUUCCAGUUCUGUCACUGCAGGGCUCAGCUCCGCCUCCUCAGAGACCGGGACCCGGCGGCUAAGCGACCUGCGGGUGAUUGACCUCCGGGCCGAGCUGAAGAAGAGGAACCUGGAUAGCGGCGGCAAUAAGAGCGUGUUGAUGGACCGACUCAAGAAGGCAAUUGAAGAUGAAGGCGGUAAUCCUGAUGAAAUUGAAAUUACGUCUGAAGGAAGCAAGAAAACAACUCCGAAGAGACCCAGCAAAGCAGGACGAAAAACAGAAGAAGAGGGUGCUGAAGAUAAUGGACUGGAGGAAAACUCUGGAGAUGAACAGGAAGAUGUUGAAACAAGUUUGGAUAAUUUUCGAGAUAUUGACAUGAUGGAUAUCAGUGUCUUAGAUGAAGCCGAAAUAGAUAAUGGGAGUGCUGUAGAUUGCGGAGAGGACUACAGUGCUGAUAAUAUUCUUGACUCCCUAUCUGAUAGUAAAGAAAAUGCUGAUGCAGAAAUGAAGGAAUUUCCAGAUCAGCUUACAGAACAUGCUAUGGUGGACAAAGAGAGUGUAAACAAUUUAGAUACUUCAUCAUCUGACUUCACUGUGGUGCAGGAGAUUGAAGAUCCAUCUUUGGAGCCAGAAAAUGAGAAAAUACUCGACAUUUUGGGGGAAACUUGUAAGUCUGACCCACUAAAAGAAGAAGGUUCCGACCUGGAGCAGCCAUUUUCACAGGAUGCAAGUAGCGUGGGGCCAAACAAAAAGCUUGCAGAGGAAGAGGACAAUUUUGUCACCGCUCAUCCAGAGGAGGAUGCAUUAGAUUUGGACAGCGAGUCAACACAAGCAAUUGCCAGGAAGGCAGAAAAGCACUUAGAUACAGUGAAAAAGGAGAAAAUCGAGCAGAAAGUAGAUGAAGAGAAAAUGGACUCUGACACUGUAGUGGUAGAGAAUCUAAAUGAUCAGAGUAGCAGAGCAUCAGAAAAUGCAGAAGCUUCUAGCGAGGAAGCCCAGGAAACACCAGAGAAAGCCUCAAGCCCUGAAACCAAAGAUAGCAAAGAAGACGUUAAGAAAAGUGAAGAUGAAGCUAAUAAUGAAGAUUCAUCUGCUACUAAAGAGUCCUCUACCAAUGAGGGCGGUGAUCAGAAAAUGAGCUCUUUUGAAGAGGACUCAGAUACCAAAAGAGUCUCCAAAGAUGAAAAAGGUCAUGCCACUAGCAGUUGUGGUAGAAACUUUUGGGUUAGUGGACUUUCUUCUACUACCAGAGCUAUAGAUUUGAAGAAUCUUUUCAGCAAAUAUGGAAAGGUUGUUGGUGCCAAGGUGGUCACUAAUGCUCGAAGUCCUGGGGCUCGAUGUUAUGGUUUUGUCACAAUGUCCACAUCUGAGGAAGCAACAAAAUGUAUUAACCAUCUUCACAAGACGGAGCUUCAUGGGAAAAUGAUCUCAGUAGAAAAAACAAAAAAUGAACCUGCUGGCAAGAAAACUUCGGACAAGAGAGAAAGUGAUGGAAAGAGAGAGAAAUCAACUAACAGUGACAGAUCUACCAACAUAAAAAGAGAUGAUAAAAUGGACAAAAAAGAUGACACUAGAAAAGAAGAUGGAAGUGAUGAGAAGGAUAAAGAUGAACAGAAACCUGGAUCUGAUCGAGCUAGAGCUACUAAGUCAGGAAGUCGAGGUACAGAGAGGACUGUAGUAAUGGACAAAUCCAAAGGAGAACCUGUUAUCAGUGUAAAAACAAGUGGAGGAAAAGAGGGAGUCUCAAAGAGCCAAGAUCGCAAAUCUGCCAGUAGAGAAAAACGGUCUGUUGUAUCAUUUGAUAAGUCCAGAGACCAGCGAAAGAUGAGAGAUUCAGAGUCCCGAAGAGCAUGUGAAUGGAGUGAGAGAGAAGAACGAAUUCAAGCCUUACAGGAGCGAGAAGAAAGAGAACGCUUGGAAAUAGCUCGUGAGAGACUUGCUGUUCAAAGACAGCGUCUAGAAAGAGAAAGAAUGGAAAGAGAGCGACUGGAGAGGGAGAGGAUGCACAUAGAGUAUGAGAGGCGCAGAGAACAAGAGCGAAUUCAUAGGGAGAGGGAAGAACUCCGCCGACAGCAGGCACUCCGUUAUGAGCAAGGAAGACGACCUGCAAUCAGACGUCCUUACGAUGUGGAUGGCAGGAGGGAAGAUUCGUAUUGGCCAGAAGGAAAGAGGGCAGCACUGGAUGACCGAUACCAUUCUGAAUUUAGCCGCCAAGAUCGCUUCCAUGAUUUUGACCACAGAGAUCGUGGCCGGUACCAGGAUCAUUCAGUGGACAGGAGAGAAAGUUCAAGGUCGAUGAUGGGAGACAGAGAUGGACAGCACUAUGCAGAACGCCGUGGAGGACCAGAUCGCCGUGGACGGGAAUCUCGAGAUGAGUGGAGCAGUUAUGGAUCUGAGAAGAGAAUGAGCAAAGGAAGAGGGCUGCCUCCUCCACCCAGGGGACGAGACUGGGGAGACCAUGGUCGAAGACUAGAUGACCACCAAGAUCGCUCAUGGCAAGGAAAUGUAGAUGGAGGAAUGAUGGGUCGAGAUCAUGAGAGAUGGCAAGGUGGUGAGAGAAGAAUGUCUGGUCACUCUGGACCAGGCCAUGUGAUGAAUCGAGGAGGGAUGUCGGGAGAAACCUGAUUUACCUAACUCCCAUCACGGGAAGGUCUAUGGAGCCAUUGUGCCGACCUCAUUGUUAUUUGCCUGGGAAACCUGGACAGGCUACCAGAACCUGGCCAGGAAAUUGAAUCGCUUCCAUUGGAAUUGCCUUAGGAAGAUUUUGAAGAUUAUGGUACCAGACACAGAAGUCCUUUCUUGAGCUGAACUACCAAGCAUUCAAACUCUACUUCAGAGAGCGAAACUCCAAUGGGCUGGCCACCCCAAAGACUUUUUACAGAAAACUAUCACAAGACAAGCACUUGCACAGAGGUCAGAAGAAGUGAGACAAGGACACUCUCAAGGUCUCUCUGAAGAACUUUAGUACAGGUUGUGAGACUUUGGAGAUGCUGGCACAAAACUGUCCAGCAUGGCAUGCCCAGAUCAAAGAAGGCAAAGCAGAAUCACACUAGCACAAGAGAAACGCAAGAUGCACAAAUCUAAAGACAUCAUAUUGGACUCAUCGGCCACCUUGACCUCAACAUUGUGAUGUCAUUGGUUCUCUGUGAGUAUGAAGGAUGAACAACUCCCAUCACUUGAGAACCUUUCUUAUGAUUCCAAUCACAUGUCUUGGCUGAGAUUAAGGGAGUUUCAGAAGGGGAGGUCCAAAUGAUGUAAUCUCAAUUCUGACUAUGUUGAUAGCCAGUCAGAAGAAGACAUAUCUAUGUUGCUAGAGAUUGUGCUGUGUCAUCUUGCUAUAAGACCUUGUCAGCCCUCACUCAUGUCCUUGGUCAUCGAAAGAGGCCAUCAACCCAAUUUGUUGGUUACUGCUAACCUA